CUUCCCGCUUCUUCUACCCACUGCUUCCUGAAGCUCAGAGAGACAUCUGGGAGAGAGACGGAGACCAUGGCUUUCCACAACCUCUGUCUGCAGGUUCUACUGCUAACGGUCUUCCUCUCCUAUUGCGCUCACUCAGAUGGCACAGCGGAGAACAAGCUCCACAGACUACUGAAGAAAAGAGAUGUGGGCGGAGGUACGAAGCCUGCGGGGGUGGCGGUGACCCCCUCCAAGGCCAAAGAGUUCCUGACCUCCCUACGGAGGCCCAAGAGGAACAUCUGGGACCGCAGCAGGCCAGAUGUGCAGCAAUGGAUCAUGCAGUUUAUGCACAUGGGUUAUGACGAGGCGAGGCUUGAGACUGACCUGUCCUACUGGAUGGACCUGGCCCGGUCGUCAGACCAAGGUCGCCAGCACCAUUAUGACGAGAAUGCUCCCUUCGGGCCCCAGGACCCCGAUUCCUACAGACACGGCGCCAAUGUCAAUUAUGACUACUAUUAAUUGGCCCACUGUGAUUUACUCAGCUUCUCUGUCUCAACAUAAAAAUCACAUGAGCGUAAAGGGAUAGUUCUGAUAUUUUACAUAUUAAGAUAUGUGUUCCCUUCCUGAAGACUACUUCAAAGGAAGGAAACAAAUAUGUUAUGUAAAAUCGCUGAACUGUCCCAAUCACAUAAGUGCUUCUCUCUUCUGCAACUUAUCCCUCUGAUGCUAUUCUGCACACCUACAGUAAUGUAGCCUUCUCUGUAAUGCAAGAAAUAGAGCUAAGACAUGCUUGUCCGAGACUAUGGAUUGGGUUUCACUGUCUCUACAUUGUAUCCUUUGCUGUCUGGGAGAUUGAGACCUGCUGAUGUACAUGCUGUGAUGGGACCCACAAUGCAUUGGGUUGAUCUGUCUGAAUAACUAAAUAAAGACAGUCAAAACCUUUAAUAA